CUUCAAAUGGAAUAAAACCCUAAAAGGGUUCUCGUUUGUAGCAAUCGCCGCCGGAUUGAUCUCAGCUGUCUCCGUCUUUGUUCUCUAUUAUCUCAAUCCUUCUUCUUGAUCUCAUUUCAGCUCUGGGAAUCUUUUUUUUUUUUUCCUUUUCGAUUCUUCACCUUUUUUUUUUCCUAUCAACUUCUUACAACUUAGAAUUUGUUAUAUUUUUUCUGUUACUGCUGUCCUUAUUACAUGAUUAUGUUAGAGAAUUUUGUGUGUUUUGAGAGAAUUUAGGUUGUAGUGAAAACAUUAAUGUUUUUUUGUAACAUUUUUUUUUUCUUGGGGGUGCGAAUUGAUGGUUAGGUUGUAAAGUUUUGAGAUAGGGAAUUGGUGCAACGAAAAGAAAUUUUGGUUUUGAUCAGUUUAGGAUACUUCUUUUAGCUGUAAAUAGUUGUUUCUGCAAUUUUUUUGUUUUUGUUUUUGGGGUUUUUUUUUCUUUUAGGGUUGUGCUGAGGGUAGUGAUCAGAUUAGAGGUGGAAGGGUUAGACCGAUGUUUGGUGGAAACGAAGGAUCGUUUGGUGAUGAAUUAGAGACGGAGAUAGGGUUAUUACUUCGUGAACAGCGUCGGCAAGAGGCUGAUGAUCGUGAACGCGAGCUGAAUUUGUAUAGAAGUGGAUCAGCUCCGCCGACUGUUGAAGGCUCUUUGAGUGCGGUGGGUGGUUUGGUUGGUGGGAUUGCUGGUUCUGCUAAUGCUUUUGCGGAAAUAACUGGUUCUAAGAAUGGGAAUGGUUUUGUAUCAGAAGAGCAGCUUAGGUCUGAUCCAGCUUACUUGUCAUACUAUUACUCAAAUGUGAAUCUUAAUCCUCGGCUUCCACCUCCGUUGAUUUCGAAGGAGGAUUGGAAGUCUGCGCAGAGGUUGAAAGGGGCAAAUUUGGGGUUGGGAGGGAUUGGAGAUACGAGGCGAUCGAAUGUUGGACCUGAUAACAUCAACAGAUCCUUGUUUUCUAUGCCUCCUGGGUUUAAUGCUAGGAAACAAGCAACUGAGGUUGAGUUGGACAAAGGGCGUGGUGCGGCUGAGUGGGGUGGCGACGGUUUGAUUGGUUUACCUGGUUUAGGACUUGGAACCAAACAGAAGAGUCUAGCUGAAAUCUUUCAGGAUGACAUGGGACGCACGACUCCUGUUACUGGGCUGCCAUCCCGUCCGGCCAGCCGCAAUGCCUUUGACGAUAACGUCGAGACUAUGGGUGCUACCGAUGAGCUGGCCAAUUUGCGCCAUGAUUUAAUGAUUUCUGAAGUUAUGCGAACGGGUGCAAAUGGUCAGAGCUCCUCUGCUGGUCAAAGUAUUGGAGCACCUUCUUCGUACACUUAUGCAGCUGCUGUGGGUGCUUCAUUGUCAAGAAGCAACACACCUGAUCCUCAGCUUGUUGCAAGGGCUCCCAGUCCUUGUCUCACUCCUAUUGGAGGUGGGAGAGUUGGAGCUUCUGAGAAAAGGAACAUUGCAAGCCCAAAUUCAUUUAAUGGAGUUUCAUCUGGAAUCAACGAGUCUUCAGAUUUGGUUUCAGCUUUAUCUGGUAUGAACUUGUCACCGGAUGACACCAUAAAUGAAGAAGGGCAUUUGCUAUCUCAAAUCAAACAAGAUAGUAAUAACCAACAGGGCUAUGCAUAUGGCUUGCAAGGUGGUCAGAAUCAUAUUAAGCAACAGUCAUUUGCUAAGAAGACUGAGUCUGGAGGUCAACCCAGAUCUUCAUUCUCGGACUUAAAUGACAACAAUGGUGGGGGACCCAACUCCUCCAGAGACAGACAUGCUGAACUCAAACAGUCUUCUGUUCCUUCUGCGAACUCGUACUUGAAAGGUGGUUCACAUGCUUCAUCUCAUAACAACGGAGCUCAGUAUCAGCAUGUCGACGGCACAAAUUUGACUUAUCAGAACUUUGGCCUGAGUGGAUAUUCAAUUAGUCCACCUUUGGCAUCUAUGAUGCCUGGUCAACUUGGCUCUGGUAAUUUACCAACAUUGUUUGAAAAUGUUGCCUCAGCUUCAGCUUUGGGAGCCUCUGGUUUGGAGUCACGAGUUCUUGGUGGAAGUUUAGCUUCUGCAACUAACUUGACUUCUUCUGCUCCGGAUUCACAUAUUCUUGGUAAACUAGGUGGUCAAAUGUCUGGUAAUGCUCUUCAGGCAUCCUUUGUAGAUCCCAUUUAUCUUCAAUACUUGAGGACAUCUGAAUAUGCAGCACAACUGGGUGCUUUAAAUGAUCCUUCUCUUGAUAGAAAUUAUCUGGGCAAUUCAUAUAUGAAUCAGCUAGAACUGCAGAAGGCUUACGUGGGGGCCCUUCUAUCACCUCCAAAAUCGCAAUAUAAUGUCCCAUUCAGUGGUAAAUCUGGUGUUUCAAAUCAUCAUGGUUAUUUCGGAAAUCCAGCUUUUGGAGUUCAUAUGUCAUAUCCUGGAAGUCCUAUGGCUAGUCCUGUCCUUUCUAACUCACCUGUAGGACCUGGUAGUCCUAUCAGGCAUAAUGAUCUCCAUCUGCGCUAUCCUUCGGCUGCAAGGAACUUAGGUGGUGUUAUGAGUCCUUGGCAUCUGGAUGUUGGAAAUAUUAACGAAAGCUUUUCAUCUUCUUUACUAGAGGAGUUCAAAAGCAAUAAGACAAAAUGUUUUGAACUUUCUGAAAUUGCGGGUCAUGUGUUUGAAUUCAGUGGGGAUCAAUAUGGGAGCCGAUUCAUUCAGCAAAAACUUGAAACAGCUACUGCUGAUGAAAAAAAUAUGAUUUAUCAGGAAAUUAUGCCGCAAGCUCUUGCUCUGAUGACGGAUGUCUUUGGAAAUUAUGUGAUUCAAAAGUUCUUUGAGCAUGGACUUGCAGCACAGCGAAGAGAAUUGGCCAAUAAGCUUUUUGGUCAUGUACUUACACUGAGUCUUCAGAUGUAUGGUUGUCGAGUGAUCCAGAAGGCAAUUGAAGUAGUAGAUCUGGACCAAAAGAUUAAAAUGGUCGGAGAGCUUGAUGGGCAUGUCAUGCGCUGUGUACGGGAUCAGAAUGGGAAUCAUGUUAUACAAAAGUGUAUAGAAUGUGUCCCAGAGUCAGCAAUCCAUUUUAUAGUUUCAACAUUUUUUGAUCAAGUUGUGACACUCUCAACUCACCCAUACGGGUGUCGUGUGAUACAGAGAGUUCUUGAACACUGCAAGGACGAAACUACUCAGAGUCGAGUUAUGGAGGAAAUUCUAGGAUCUGUUAGCAUGUUGGCACAAGACCAAUAUGGAAAUUAUGUUGUUCAGCAUGUAUUGGAGCAUGGAAAAUCUCAUGAGCGUUCUGCAAUUAUUAAGGAAUUGGCUGGUAGAAUAGUACAAAUGAGUCAGCAGAAGUUUGCAUCCAAUGUCGUUGAGAAAUGCUUAACCUUUGGUGGUCCUACAGAACGCCAGCUGUUGGUGAGCGAAAUGCUUGGAACUACAGAUGAAAAUGAGCCCCUACAGGCUAUGAUGAAAGAUCAAUUCGCAAACUAUGUUGUCCAAAAAGUGCUUGAGACUUGUGACGACCAACAGCGUGAACUGAUUCUCUCUCGAAUCAAAGUUCAUCUCAAUGCACUGAAGAAAUAUACUUACGGGAAGCACAUUGUUGCCCGCGUAGAGAAACUUGUUGCGGCUGGAGAAAGGAGAAUUGCAGCUCAGUCUUCUCCACACCCUUCUUUGGUGACUUAGGAAAGAAAAUAUGUACAGCUAACCGAAGCAACCGCCAGAACGAGCGAGCAAGCUUCUUCGACUCUUUCCACUCCCUUUUCCGUUUUAUGAUCUAGAGCAGUAGCUCAACCUCAACCUCAACCUCUCUGUGAAGACAGGUAUGAGCUGAUUGAAAAUAAAACAAGUUUGUUUGUACUUUGGAAGGAAGCCUGUACAUUUGUAGUUUUAAGCUGCUUUAUACGUAGAAAAUCGAUCAAUUUCGCGGCACCGAUGUUGAAUGGCACCCAAUUGCUGCGAACGAGAUAAAGAAAAGGGGCUGCCUGCCUAUACUUUUAGUUUUUUUUUCUCCUUGUAAAUGACUUUAAAAUGUUGAGGUAGUUUUUUUCCCAUCUAUAUGUUUUAGCGUGACUGUACAAAAUGUUGCCCAUGUGAAGAAGAGCUGUUUAUGUUAGAUUAUCGAGGCCAUAGUUUUCUUCUCAUGUAUGCUAAUAUUUUCAUCACUCUUUCCUCUUCAACUCUCUUACUCAAUACUUUUUUCU